UACCAAUGUCAACAUAAAGGACUCCACUGUACCCUACAGAAGAGGUUACGCUAAUGCACGGCAAAAUUAAACAAUGUCAUCGCUAGGUGAAAUGUGCAGUGCGGGUGAAAGAAGAGACGCAGCAACUCAGGACCAUGAUUUGAAUACUCUGAUCUCGUCGACCCAGUGGCUAAGGCAUUAUGGGCUGAAGCAAAGUAAACUCAGCCUGAGUGAGAUCCUGGCAAACAUAAGCUUUAAACACAGUGAAGACUAUGUUCACACCUUGGGGAAAUCUGUCUCCUCUCAGUAUGGCUGUGGUAUGUUCCCACAGUUCACCAUACAUGGAACUAUCUACAAUCUCAUAGCCUCUCAACAUGAGCUGGAGGAAAUAUGUACAAGACUGGAGAGUAAAGGGAAUCUGUACCAGCAUAGGCUGAACUGGCUUAUGACAGGUAGUAGGCAGCUCUUUGGUGUGAUCCAGGAGAAAAGCGUAACAGUAGUAGUGGACCUCGGAAGUAGUUCCUUGAUAACACACCAUCAACAGGCCAAAAGGACACUGAAUCAGGUCAUCCGUGAGCAAGUCUCGCAGAUCGACUCGUUCAAUAUUAUUGGUUCAGGAGCUCAUGUGAAUGCAUGGAGGCAGAAGGCUGUGGACACCAAUGAGAAACACUUACGGUCUGCCACAGAUUGGUUGUCGGCCUUAGAACCAGAAGCGUCUUGUCAAAUCAACACUGCCAAUGCACUUCUAAAAGCAAUGGAGGACACUAUGACUGAGGCGGUUUAUUUGUUUGUUGUUGGAGAUUUUGCGGAUAACAUUACAGACGUGUUGAGGAUGAGGCUAGAUGGUAAUGGCUGUCCUGUGCACACAGUCUCAUUCAAUGCCAAGGCAGAGAAAACCAUCUUAGCCUUAAAGCACGUGUCCUUCUUAACUGCAGGCAGGUUUCACGCAUUCGCUGAAAUUUCUAUAUUUGUGGACGAAUUAUGUGACUCAUCUGGGAACAAAGCCGGGUGUGAGGCGUCGGAGUUUUCCACUGAACUUCCAGGAGGAGUGCCACCAGGGUGUGGAGUUAGAGAGGAUGUCUAUCUGGUCUGGAGAGAGAAGGAAGAGGCCCUUCAAAUCAAAAAUCAAAUCCAAGGCAUCCUGACAGAACUCUUCCCUCCAGAAUCUAAAUCAGAAGCAGACUCGUGGUGUGGCUGUGCCUCAGAGGCCUGCCUAAGCUCCAGACAGUGGCUUGAAGAGUUUGGACUGAAGGCACAGAAGCUGACUAUCUAUGACGCUCUUGCCAGCUGUGCCUUUCGCCACUCGGAUGGCGUUGUAGACAUGAAGUCCACGCCAGAUAAGAGUCUCCAGUCAGAUGCUGAGACAGGUAAAAAGCUGAUCAAUGCCAAGUACUGCAGCAGGUUUGUGCACAUGCGCUGGAAGGAUGGCUCUGUGGUUCACGUCUAUGUCACUGCUGAGGAGUGCCGACAGUAUGAGGAGAAGAUGCUCAAAGCCUUAGGAGCUUUACAGAGGAGAAUGGAAUGGCUGAGGGGCGGGAGCAGAGCGCUCUUUGGCAACGUUCUGGAAGACCGAGUGUAUCUCCUUCUUGAUACUUCAGAGUCUAUGAGACGCCAUCUGCCUUGGUUGAAAGAAAAGGCUUACCAGCUCAUAGAGGAGCAGCUGUGCCAGAAGCAGAAAGUAAACAUGCUAGGCUUUGGCACACAUGUGACACCGUGGAGGGACAAGCUAACAGAGGUCAGCUCUCAGUUGCUGGUCAGCGCACAGCAUUGGAUCGACAAAUUGCAGGGAGGAGGCUCUACCAACACACUGGGUGCUCUGGCUUGGGCUUUGGGUGAUGAGGGCACUCAGGCUGUGUACCUGCUAACGGACGGGAGGCCUGAUCAGCCUGCCAAAGACAUUUUAGAACAGGUGAGAAGGUGGUCUCCUGUGCCAGUUCAUACCAUCUCCUUCAACUGUGAUGACCACGACGCCAACAGCUUCCUGUAUGGGCUCUCCCAGCAAACAGGGGGCAGAUUCAUCAGUUACUUCACAGAUGCCCAGGAAGAGCCUACUCCUGAGAGGCCCUAUGAGAAUGAAGACCUUCAGCUUUUAAAGACAGAGGUGGAAGAAGGACAGAAAGCCCUUGAGAACGUCCUUGGACUCCGUGCUCAGUGUAUCCUGUUGGACACUUUCCAUCAUGGCACGAGUGACACAAACCAAAGACCCUGCCAUGGUCCACAGCUGCAGUCGCUCCAGGGAGGUCAAAGAGAACAGAAAUGCAAACGAAUCAAGUCUGCAAGAUGUGCAGCUCAAACAAAAUCCAGCUUGCUUAGGCUCCUGUCCAGCAGUGGCACCACCGAUGCCAGAGCUCCACUCCACAGUAGCACAGUCCCCAAGCAGGGGUGGCUGCUCCCCGAGUCUCUGGAACUGUUUCAAUCAAAUGCUGAUAAGCAGAUGCAAGUCCUUCACAAGCUUGGAGUAACAUUGGACGAAAAUAGAGAUAAAAAGAAGAAGAAGAAAAAAAGAAAACCUAAGGAGUUUCUGGGAAUGUCAACAGCAGAGUGGUUGAAGGCCAACAGUCUGGUUGCAAAGAGGCUUACUAUAUUAGAUGCUGUGGCACCAGCAGCCAUAGCACAUGAUGCUAAAUAUGUCCCCAUGCUGGAAAAACAUGUUUACUCAAAGGUCUUUAAUGAGGUACUUCACCUGGUCCAUAUCAGCCAGGGUGGCACACAGAAACAGACUCUCAUCAACCCUUUAGCUGUCAACUUGGAGCACUACAAAUCUAGACUAAGCAAGGUUCUGCAGGUCUAUGAGAGACGCUUGAACCUGAUUGCAUGGAGAGCCUUACCACAGGAAGAAAAGGACAAGUUUGGCGGAGAGCCAGUGGCCUUCAGGGAGCAUCGUGGGGCCCUGCUGGAUGUCCUGGAGAGGCUGGGCUGGCCGGUGGCCCAGGAGGAGCUGAGUGCGCUGGAGGAGCAGAUCCAUACGGGGCACGGCUUCCUCCAGCAGGCCGCGGAGCUGCAGGGCGUCGCCGGACAAGCAGCCCGAGAUGCACAAUCGACGACUAACAGUAGCCACAAGGAAACACUGCCCAAAAACCAGAGGGAAAACCCAAAGAGACCUCUAGAUUCUCUGAGGGGUCAAAAGGUCGUUGCUCGUUCAGAGGCCAGUGGGGUCUACCACUCUGGCAUAGCCAGGAAGUGUCUUCCUGGGAAAAGAGUAAAGGUGGAUUUCAGCAGUGGGGCAUGUGAGGUCGUACCCCUCUGUGAUGUGCUUACAGUAGGAGGCUGUGGGCCUUGCCCUCCUUUGGCGGUAGCGGACUAUGUGUUGGUCGCCACUGGGACGGAGGACCUAGGUGAUCACUUUCUCCCAGGAGUUGUCAUAGCAACCCCUCGUCGUUUGGAGGCUGCGGACAAAUUAUUCACCAUCCUCAAGUACAGCAAUAAGGAGGUGCACGCCGUGCGCAAUAAGGUCAUCAAGAUCAGCCACACCAGAUACCAGGCCACUUGUUUCCGGCUGAGGCAGCUCCAGCUGACCAGGAAUUCAAACAAUUUAUUUAUGGCCAAAUGUGAUUGGCUGGCAGAGUCUGACCAGUGAAGAUGGCAAAGAUCUGCACUGAACAGUCCUACCCGACCAGUCAGAGGUUAUCAGUUGGCAACUCGGACGAUGACUCAGACAAUAGUC